CUUCUUCCCAGGCAAUCCGGAGCUGAUGUUGAUGCUGCUGUUAGUGGGCGCCCUCCGCUGCAGCCGGCGGCUGGCCGGGGCUCAGGCUGCAGCAGCAGCAGCAGCAGCGGCGGCCGGGCGCUCGCCCGGGAAGGUGAGGGGGUCCGGCGGCGGGGCGAAGCUGCUGAAGGGCACAAUUGCAUGCCUGGUCCUGAGCGCCUUUACUGGGCAGCGGGUCGCUCUUGCCCGCGGACGGAGAAGCUGCUGGGAGGAGGCAAAGGGAGAGAGCAGCCUGGAGUCGGCUGUGCCUAAGAUGCCCUCUUGAAGAGGCACCCCGCUUUUCCCUUUCGCUUUUUAGAGUUACAGGCCUCAGGAGAUGGCUUGUGGUUUGUUUAUAGGGCGCCACAGCAAAUAGCAAUAAUGUUGUGGCGACUGUUUCUAGAAGGGGAUUUGUGUGCUGCUCCACAAUGAAAGACGCUGAUCACAAUUAUUAUUACCCCGCAUUAUUAAUAUUAUUAUUAUUAUUAUCAUAAUCGUCAUCAUUAUCAUUAUUUUUUAAUACCCUGCCCAGUGUUUUUAUUCUAGAAAAAAAGGGGCCAGUACUCACCAUGAAGUUGGUACACUUAGUGCCACAUUUUAAACCAGUGUUUUUCUUCUAGAAAAGGUGCCAACACUGCAUACCCCAUAAAAAAAAAGAAAGCACUGAUCCUGCCUAUCUGACUGGGUUGCCAAUGGCUCCAGGCAGCUUCCAUUAUCAUCAUCAUUAUCAUUACAGUCAAACCUUGGUUCCUAAACAACUCUGUUAUUGUAUGUUUUGAUUCCCAGACGCCGAAAACCCGGAAGUAAAUGUUCCGGUUUUCGAACAUGUUUUGGAACCCAAACGUCCAGCGUGGCUUCCACUUGAGUGCAAGAAGCUCUCGCAACCAAUCGGAAGCCACGCCUCAGUUGUCAAACGUUUCGGAAGCCGAACGGUAUUCCAGAACGGAUUACGUUCGACAACCAAGGUUUGACUGUAUUUUAUUUGUACCCUGCCCAGUGUUUUUCUUCUAAAAAAGGGGAGGGGAAGUACUCACCAUGAAGUUGUUACAGUAAGCACCAUAUUUUUAACCAGAGAUUUUCUUCUAGAAGAAAAAAGUGCCGGUACUGCAUACCCUCAUAAAAAGGCACUCACCCUGCCCCCCUGACUGGGUUGCCCCAGCCACUCUGGGCAGCUUCCAACAUAUACAAAAACAUAUUGAAACAGUAAACAUUAAGAAUUUCCCAAUACAGGGCUGCCUUCAGAUGUCUUCUGAAGGUUGUGUAGUUCUUCAUCUCCUUGACACUUGAUGGGAGAGCGUGCCACUCAGUUAUAAUAGCCCUAGAUGUUUCUCCCAAGUCCUCAGCAUCCCCCAACCCACAGGAACCAUGGAUCAGGGGUGGUGGGAGUUGGAAGUCCAGUAACAGCACCUGGAGGACCACAGGUUUGCAUCUCCCUGUGUGGCAUUUAGUAUACAUGCAUUUGUUGAUGCUCCAUUUCUGUUCAGACUUCCCCCAACACACACUUUAUUUACAGGACUUGUUGCCUCAAAACGUGAUAGCUGACUGAGAUGGUUUUAACAGGAGGUUGGGCAGAUUCAAGGAGGAUGGCUGCUUGCCCCAGAGGCAAGACGUACAAGUUUAAUAUGUCACAGAUUUUUAAACCGUUUGGAGUUUGAAUUUGUCAUUACUGAUACUGCAAUUGGGAUAUAUGGUAUAGCACAUGGGUAGGCAAACUAAGGCCCGGGGACCGGAUCCAGCCCAAUUGCCUUCUAAAUCCGACCCGCGGACGGUCCGGGAAUCAGCAUGUUUUUACAUGAGUAGAAUGUGUCCUUUUAUUUAAAAUGCAUCUCUGGGUUAUUUGUGGGGCCAGCCUGGUGUUUUUACAUAAGUAGAAUGUGUGCUUUUGUUUAAAAUGCAUCUCUGGGUUAUUUGUGGGGCAUAGGAAUUUGUUUUUCUUUCCCCCCCAAAAAAUAUAGUCCGGCCCCCCACAAAGUCUGAGGGACAGUGGACCAGCCCUCUGCUGAAAAAGUUUGCUGACACCUGGUAUAGCACGUGUUACAAAUUCUAUGAAUAAAAUACAUGAAAUCUGGCAGGUCAUACCCUGGGAUGGAUGGGAAGUACUGGAAAUAAGCGGCGGGGAUAUAGAAAGGGUUUAAUCCAUUUGUUUCUGUUUUUUUUUUUUUUUCUUGCUAGGAAUGCAUCUAUCUAUUCAGGCACUCACACAAUAGUGGGACUGCAGUGCUUUUGCACAGAUCCCAUCACAAGUACUUAGUUAACAUGUGGAGGUUUACUGCAAUGCUGAUGGUCGAUGGACGGCGGUACAUGCACGCAGAUGCACAGGGCAAUGGUUCCAAAAAUGCUACUUCCCUGAUGGACAAGGAGCCUGGCUCCAAGGAAGAGGCUGCUUCUUCAGAGGACAAAGAUUCUGCUUUUGCCAUCCCUCCAACACUUCUCCCCCCCACAAACUGUUGCAUGAGUGGAUGCCACAACUGUGUGUGGAUUGCAUACACUGAAGAGCUUCUGAAGUAUUACCAGGACGGUGGAGAACAGGCAUUAGCAGCUGUGGACAAACACAUACAGGAUGAGAAUAUAAAAACGAUCUUAAAGAUGGAGAUCAGAUUCCGAAUGAAGAAAGACUGAAACCUUUUUAGAAGAAAAACAACAACACUGUCACAGCUACAUACCUCAUGCCUGGUCUUGGGCCAUAACAGAUUCUGAAGGAAAAAUCUAUCCUGAUUGUUUAUUCUCCCUUUUCUGAAGAAGAAGGGGCAAUUCUAAUUUUAUACAGGAGUCCCAGUAUUAUUAAGCCUAUCGGGAUGAUAUGCAGUCCUAAUAUUCAGUUAAAUUUAAACUACCUGUUCUUAAAAAGAUGUCCUUAUCCUGUAUCCUAUGAUGACUAUUAUGUUUAACUGUAUUUAUUAUUUAAUAAUGGGGGGAAAUGCUGGUUUAAGAUCGGAGUUAAGGCUAUCUCAGGUUGGCUGACGAUAUAACAAGAGUGCCACUCAGUAGGAUGAUAAUGUUAUUUACUAUGACUGUUCAAAGUGCUUAGCAUGCAUUAUUUCAGUAAUCCUUAUAGCUGUCCUGUUACAUAGAUUGAGGAUGAGCCAUAAAAGUGAAUGGCUUCCAUUGUCCUCUACUUUCCCCCAUAAAAGGCCUACAAUCAGCAGUGCUGCUAAGGAUUCAGCAAAACAAUAUGGAGCAGGGCAGAGGGCUUGGCAGAUUUUGUCUCCAUUUCCAGCAGUGCUGCCAGUUGUAGCUCUUACUUUCCCCCCUCAAUGAUAGGAAGAGUUUUUCUAGGCUUUUGUGGAAGAGAACUAGCACACACAAAAGUGCAUGCCCCUUCUAGGCCAGAAGGCACAACCGACUGGAAACCCAGUGUAUCAGAGGCAUAUAUUUCUGCGUAAUAUUAUUAUUGGGGAGCUGCCUAGCCAUGUGAUACCUGCAUAUAGAGCACUGCCUAUGAUUGCCAACUGACCACAAAAAAACUGGCAAAACUGGCUUUGUACCUUUAAGAUCACUGUUGACUGGCACAAAUCUGCCAGUGAACCUUUUUUGCAGAAUGGAUGAACAUUGUGCUGGCUGUUAAAGGAGCCAAUUAAAAAGAUGGCAUUCCUAAAAAAGAGAAAUUUCCAUUUGGUUGUGUUAAUUCCACUUAAUUCAGACCAGCCAACAAUAGCCUUGCUUCAUCGGUAAAAAGCCACAAACCGCAUUUCAAAAUCCCGGCGAAGGAUCUUGUGCAAAGCUUUGCAUUUCCUCUGGCCCCUUCUAGAAAAGCAAACCGCCACCCUUGUCCUUGUUUGCCUACCAGGAUAAUAUCACUUACGAUCCUUUCCUAACCCCCUUGCUCUAAAGGAUUUCUCAGACAGCCUAAUCGCAGGUCACUUUAAUGGAACUGCUGAACCUUCCACGAAUUACAGCUAGCUAGACUUUAGUAAAUAGGAUUAAGCUACAUUCUGUUAAGUGAACACAGCUGGAUCACUUUGUGUACCAACUUUUUUUAAAGAAAUGCUUAAUUUGGUGCAAGUGGCGUGAAACUCAUUGUACUGAAAUGCAUUGGUAGGAAUUCUUGCCUGUGAGAAAGAAGGACACCAGAAGCCUUGAAUUCACCACCCCACCUUAUGUUUACACAGACAGCCCUUUGUUUGUGAUUCUUGCACAGAGCAUAGCUGCAGCUAUCUUCUUACUUUAAGAUCACCAGCUCUUUUUUUUAACCAGUUCCCGUGGCAGUGCCUCCCAAAACAACUUGAUGGGCAUAUAUUUUAAGGUGCAAAAGCAGGUCAGGACGGGUUUUGUUUUGUUUUCUAGCCAGAUGGCAAGCUUACUUUCAGGACAUUUUGCUUUGUAAUGAUCUCUUCUUUCCUAUUGGGGGAGUGAUGUGGAGGAACAUUUUGCAAGCAAUAUAGACCAUUAGGUGGAAAUGGCAUUAGCUCCCUGUAACCUACAGUUUCCUAUUGCUCUGCUGAACAGCUGAUCAUUAAAGGGAACCUCUCUGCAUCUUCUUGCACCCUUCUCUGCCC